AUGACCUUUAAUUUGGAUGAGGAGACCCCCAAGUGGCACGCGCAACUUAUUGCACUGCUCCAACGCUUUUGGGAGUUGGAGGACGUUCCACCUGCGCAGCGCUCAUCACCGACCGACAGUCACUGCGAACAGAUGUUCGCCCAGCAUCAGCGAGAUAACACCGGUCGCUAUGUAGUGCGGCUUCCUGUGAAGCCUGAUGCAGCCAGAACGUUGGGAACCAGCGAAGCGUCGGCUCGUGCAACGCUGCGCAAUUUGCAUCGCCGCAUGAAUCGUCAACCGGAAUUUGCCGAAGAGUAUCGCCUCUUCAUGGACACGUAUGAGCAGAUGGGUCACAUAAGGAGACUCCAGCUAUCUGAGAUCGAUGCACCUGAGAGCCAUUCAAACUACAUACCGCAUCACGGCAUAUGGCAGCAGGGAAACGACGGUCCGAAGCUUCGUGUCGUGUUUGACGCCUCCAGGCCCACUUCUACUGAAGUGAGCUUGAACGACGUAUUUUGUCGGGGACCAAAGCUCCAGCGUGACAUUUGGACGGUGCUACUCCGUUGGCGAACUUACAAAUUCGCUUUCUGUGCUGAUAUACGCAUGAUGUUUCGACAAAUCUGCGUCGACGAGCGCGACGGCGUGGUCGAAGGCUCGGGCGAUAUCUGCCGCCAUACGCCAAACAUUUCUGGCCGACUGGACAUCGCAAUAAAAUUAUGA